GCAGCGGUAACUCUCAUAUCAUGUAGCGGCAUCAACAGUAAAGACUCCGAUCGACAUCUAAUUUUUCGGAGUGAUUACAGGAAACAUAUUUAGCUCCUCUUUAUGAGGGGAGUUUGGUUGAUAUGUAAUGGAUUGAAGAAGGGUAGCAAUGCCUCAGAUAGAACCCUGAAGUAUUUUUUAACCCCUCUCUCAUAAAUAAAAAUAUUCAUGAGGGGGGGGGUCGAGACUUUUCAGACCGUAAACCAAUUAAAGGGAAGGGAUUCAUGCGGUUUGCCUUCUUCCUCAACUGUGGCUGGUAUUGACAUUUUGUGUAAGGUCGGCGUGUUUUGCCGAUUGGAAGUAUCGCAGAAGGUAGUUCUUCAUCUGCUAUGGAUUUCACUUUUUAAUUUUUGGAGUAUUCUCAAACCACAGUCCAACGAUAUCCGCUCGUGUUUGUCAAAAAACGCACGCACUGGGGCUCCGAUCGCGUGCAUCUCUCUGCAAACUAACUGA